AUGAAUCCCGACGAUCUAGAUGACCCUGAUCUGAGGGCUGCAAUCGCUGCCUCUCUCAGGGAUUUCAGUAGUCAUGAAGACAGCAGCCAUAAUGGGCGUCAACAUGAAGUUGUUGACUUGACUGCAGAUUCUGAUGAUGACGUGAUACCCAUAUUUCCCAAGUCAAACUCCGUCAUUGGUUCCGAGACUGAUGGAGAUGAAACCGAUUCGGGCGAGGAAGAUGACGACGACGAAGAUGAAGACCUUAAAAAGGCGAUCGAAUUGUCUAUGCAAGGCGCCAUAGAAGAUGAACAUGGCUCUUCGAGACAUCACUUGCCAUCUGCUGACAACAAUGACAGCAAGGCUUCUAACACCCCUUUGUCCAGUAGAGCUGAAGCCCCAGACAGCACACAGGCGCCGUCACAAACAGCUGGCUUAUUGGGCAUGGAUCGAAGGCAGAUGGAGAAAGAGCGCCUGGCGCGACUGAACAAGAGAAAGGCUGAAGAACCCGUAUCGGAUGACCAGCGGGAUGCAAAGCAUGCGAGAACUGGAACACCUCCAAGAUCUUCCGGUCCUGUUAUAUCAGUGGUCGACACAUCGUCUGGAUCAAAUUCCUCACGUACAACGCCAGCAGGAGAUAAUCAACCAGUACAGAUCCCAUCUCCGACCCCGUCGGUUCAGUUUCCCAACGGGGUCGUUAAGAAAUCAUGGGCCUUUGGUUGCCCCCGGCAGGGUGAUGAUAUCAAGAUUGAAGAAGUACUUCAGAAAUCUGACUUACAUCUUGCUGUUCUCAGCUCGUUUAUGUGGGAAAUGGAAUGGCUUUUCUCAAAAUUGAAUACAGCAAAAACCCGAUUCUACUUGGUAAUGCAAGCCAAGGAUGAAUCUACGAAACUUCAGUACCAGUCCGAAACCGCUGCUAUGAGCAACCUUAGACUAUGCUUUCCACCGAUGGAUGGCCAAGUGAAUUGCAUGCAUUCAAAAUUGAUGCUACUGUUCCACUCAGAAUACCUUCGAAUUGUGGUCCCCACUGCCAACCUGACCCCGUAUGACUGGGGUGAAAUAGGUGGUCUUAUGGAAAAUAGUGUUUUCCUUAUUGAUCUGCCAAAAAGGAGCGAUAAAGACUUUGAGUUUCCACAAACAGCCUUCUACGACGAGUUGACUUACUUUCUAAAAGCCAGCACUUUGCACGAGAAUAUUAUCGCCAAACUCUCCGACUAUGACUUCAGUAAAACUGCGCAUGUUGCAUUUGUCCACACUAUAGGUGGCUCGCAUACAGGAGAUUCGUGGCGGCGUACAGGGUACUGCGGCUUGGGUCGUGCAGUGGACUCUCUUGGUUUGCGAACAUCUAAGCCUCUCAAUGUCGAUUUCGUUGCGUCAUCCAUUGGUUCGUUGACGGAUGAGUUCUUGAGGUCCAUAUAUCUUGCAUGUCAAGGCGACGAUGGGUCGACAGAAUACGUCCUUCGCACCACAAAAUCCUUCCCUGCCCGGAGCCGCAGCAACCCUACACAGCUCAUUGAUAAGUCGACUGCCGAAGAGUGGAAGGAUAGAUUCAGAGUCUACUUCCCCUCAGAGACAACAGUUAAUGACACAAAAGGUGGGCCACAAUCCGCAGGCACCAUUUGCUUUCAGUCAAGGUGGUAUACGGGCCCGAAAUUCCCUCGUCAGGUUCUACGCGACUGUGUAAGUCAGAGGCCUGGACUACUGAUGCAUAAUAAAAUUCUCUACGUAAGACCAGAUGACCCAGCGACGCUACCUGAUAACUCUCAAUGUCGAGCCUGGGCCUACGUGGGAAGUGCAAAUCUUUCAGAGAGUGCUUGGGGCCGUCUCGUUCAGGAGCGGGCAACAAAGGAACCGAAACUCAACUGUCGCAACUGGGAGUGCGGUGUGCUCAUACCUGUCAUUAGUAGAGGGGAUGUCGUGUCGGAGCAGAACCGAUCCCCGAACGAUGAAUCUGGGACUAUGUUGGAUAUCUUCGAAGGCAUUGUGCCUGUACCGAUGCGUCUCCCAGCACCUCAGUACGGGCCAAACCGCAAGCCUUGGUUCAAUUCAGAAAGUGGAAUGUGAUUCAGAUUGGGGUUUAUGUUGCAACUGCACUCUACCAAUUGGUCCUGAUUUUAGAUAGUCACACUAAAUAUCUGGUUUAAUACAUACUUCGAGACG